UUGUGACGUUUGCUGUCACUGUUUAUAUAAAAUCGUGGAUUGAAACAAAUUAAUAUGCAGAUUUUUUGAACCAAAAAUCAGAAAAUAAAAGCACGUAAAAUUGUGAGUCUAAACCUGAAGCUUUAGUGCGUAUAUUGAGCCAUCAUUGUUUAUAAUAUUUAAUCACAAUGAGUACAAGACGGGGCGAUAAAGGCCGUCGCACACGCCCCCAGAGACACAAGAACACGUUUGCCUUCAAGAACGAUCUUCACGAUAAACACACGCCUCUGAUAAAAUUAAUCAACACGCUACAUGUCAGUGAAGUUUGUGAACGCUGCAAGGAGGUGAUCGAAUGGAAAAUCAAAUAUCGAAAGUACAAACCACUAACUCAACCCAAAAGUUGCACCAAAUGUAAUGAGCGGAAGGUAAAACGAGCGUACCAUGUACUAUGCCGGGAUUGUGCCCUUGAUAGCAAAUGUUGCGCAAAAUGUCUUAAACCGGCCGGGGAGGUUACAAUUGUUCCACCGGAACCGACAGAUGAGGAGAAGCAAAAGCUGAAGGUAGAAAUGGAUCAGCUCAUCAAAUCGCAGCCGGAAAGGAAAAGGCGAACAUUUUUACGAUAUAUGAACAAAGGCAAAAAGAAACAAAAUGUUGAUUCGGAUGAUGAAGAUGGAGAACGGCGGGAGAAGAAGGCACCGGAAACUACACCCAGAACAAGAGAAGAGCUAAUGGAAAAGUUUGAACAACUCAAGCUGACUGGAACUAAUGGCGAAGAUGUUGAUAAUUUGUCUGACGAUGAGGAUUACGAAAAUUUUAGCGAUGAGCUUUCGAAUUAAAAUAUUGUUCGCAAUAA